AGAUAAACUUCCGUUUCAGCUGACAUGUAGAGUUGAUGACAGGUGAUGCAGAACACAAAUAAAAACAAUACGUAGACAUUUAUUAUUAUUUGAAAGAAUAGUUUUAUUAAGUUAUCUAGAUUAAUAGAUUCAAAAUGUGAAUAUUUUGAACUUACAAUUAUAAUCAAAUAAUAUUAUCAAAAUAUUUUGUUUUAACAAAGAAGUUCAUAAGAUGUCCAUUCCAAAUCCACAAGCUAUGGUAACGCCCACUGGUGAUUGGGAAUUUGACAGAUUUGACGAUGGUUCACUAAAAAUAGUUGGUGAGCUACAGUUAAAGAAAUACGGAAAUUUCCUUGAAGAGUAUGCAACUCAGUUGAAGGAAAUAGAAGAUGCUCUUGAUGACACCAUUGGAGAUGCGUGGGACAUGUCACUUGAUCCGAUCUCCAUGCAGAUUCUGCCAUAUGAACAGACAACUCUACUUCAGUUGAUUCGUACAGACAAUAAAAUUCUCAACAAGGUUUUGACUGUCCUGGCUGCUCUCUGCGCUGAAAUAGAUGCCUUGAGACAUGAAGCUAGAAGCAAAUUUUAUAAUGCAUUACUCUUAUAUGGUGAAGGGGAGCCUGACACUGGACUAGAAGAGGGAGAGGCACAAAUUCAAAUAGGGAGAAUGUUUUCGUUGUUGCAGGAGCUGUCCUGUUUUGUCUCAAGAUGUUACGAAGUUACAAAAUUUGUUUUGAAACAACUUUCUUGUCUCUAUACAAACAAACCAGGGCCAAAAAUGAUUGAUGUUAAAGAUGUUCAUUUUCAAGUAGUGUUUGAACAUUUGGGAGAUUUAUUGACUGUUCUCAUUACCUUGGAUCACAUCAUAGAUUUUCAUCCAACACUUAAAGAUCAUUGGACACUUUACAAAAGGAUGGUCAAGUCAGUGCAUCAUGACCCAAGCAAGUUUGGUAUUGCUCAAGAGAAAGUGCGACCUUUUGAAAAAUUAAUGAUGAUGAUAGAAGGCAAACUGCUAGAUGGGAUGAUAUUCCAGAACUGUGUGGAGCAGCUGUUUGAUGAUGAGAAAGUGAAUGUUUCAAAGAAUGGAAUCUUUGCAGAGGAGUUUGCUGUCAAUAUAAGGGACUGGCUGAUAGAGCUGGAUGCAAGGAUUGGUGAAAGUAAUGAAACUGAGCAUCGAUACAAGUAUGUUGGUGCAAUUGGGCUAUUCAUCAUUCAUUUCCAAAUUUUCCGUGUUUUGGAUAAACGCAUUUUCAAGCUGAUAUGGGAUAUGUAUCGCAAGAUUCCUUGUGUUCACCUGAUUGGGAAUGUUGUAUUUUCUCCCAAUGAAUUUGUCCUUCUAAGGUUGCCCAAUGCCAGUCAACUUCUAGAACGUAAGGCUGUACAGGCUGCCUCACAGCAAAGUCAGGCUUGGCUCACUGCUCGUAACCAGAUGUUAACCAGAGAUGUACAGACCUUAAGUACAUCAGUAGCUGCAUGGAUGGUGCGCAUGGAAACUACAUUUGAAAAAGGAGGUACACUAAUGGAGGACUUAAAUAACAGAUGCAUUGUCUUUAUUCAGGGUUUGCUUCAUGCGUACAACAUAAGUCAUCUGAUACGGACUGUGAUGAACCUGCAUGUCAUCUUAAGCAAACCAAUGACCAAAGCAGCCGUUCUUUCAUUGUGUAGACUUGUUGAGUUGCUAAAGUCUAUUGAAUACACAUUUCAUCGGAGGACUAUGCUUGUGACAGAAUCUAUCAAUCACAUUAUCCAGUAUCUUAGCUUCAAGGCUCUUAGUGCAAUUGGCACAGCCAAGAAACGUAUCAUGUCUGAUAAGAAAUACAGUGAGCAAAGGCUGGAUGUGUUGUCUGCACUUGUACUGGCAGAAUCUGCUUUCAAUGGACCAGGCAGUAAAGAAAGACGUCUGAUUGUUAAACUAGCAAUGGCAGUUGGAACAAAAUUGAAAGCAUUCAAGGAGGAUGAGUUUCAGAGUCUGGAUGACACAAUUCGAAGGCUUGAUUUGAUCAGUGAACUCAGGCCCAAGAUCCGAGAGGCUUGUGACUGUAGUUUCAUCUACUGGCAUCGUGUCAUCUUCCCAUUAUAUCUGGAUGAUUUGUGUGAAAAUGUGACUGACACUCAUAGAAUACAUUACAUGUUUGCUGCACUUAGAGACUGUGUAUCUCAAAUGAAAGUUGCACGCCAUCUUGAAUCAAGUGAAAAACUUCUUGAAGCUUUUGAUAGAGAAAUUAUGAGGAACGUAAAUGAGCAUUUGUUGGAGCCAUUGUGUAGAUCUAUUGAGACUGACCUGCGGCUACAUAUCCAUCUUCACUUGCAACUGGAUGACCGUAACCCUUUCAAAGUUGGUCUCCGUGACCUCUCUCAUCUGCUCCAGGUCAAGCCCAUUCGCUUUUUCAAUAGGACUAUUGAUAUGAAAAGUCAUGUGUCCCACUAUCUGAACAAAACUUUCUACAAUUUGACCACUGUGGCCCUGCAUGAUUGGAAAACCUAUGGAGAAAUGAAAAACAUGGCUGAACAAAAAUAUGGUCUUUCUUUGAUGGAGUCUCACCUCCCAAGCCAAACUCUGGAGCAGGGCUUAGAUGUUUUGGAGAUCAUGAGAAACAUUCAUGUGUUUGUUGCCAAAUUUUUGUACAACUUGAACAAUCAGAUCUUUGUUGAGAGAACAAGCAAUAACAAACACCUGAAUACAAUCAACAUAAGACACAUAGCCAACUCCAUCAGAACCCAUGGAAUUGGAAUCAUGAAUACCACGGUCAAUUUCACUUUCCAGUUUUUGCGCAAGAAGUUUUACAUUUUCUCUCAGUUUAUGUAUGAUGAGCACAUUAAGUCAAGACUAAUUAAAGAUUGGAAGUUUUUUAGAGAGAAUCAUAUGGAAACAGAUCAAAUGUAUCCAUUUGAAAGAGGAGACAAGUUUAACAAAGGAAUCCGAAAGCUGGGCCUAACACCUGAUGGUGACAGUUACCUGGAUCAGUUUAGAAUAUUGGUCACACAGAUUGGUAAUGCUAUGGGUUACAUACGAAUGAUCCGAUCGGGAGGCCUUCAUUGUUGCAGCAAUGCCAUCCGUUUUAUACCUGACCUUGAAGAUAUUGUCAGCUUUGAAGAUGCCUGCAGAGAGGAAAAUCUUUCCCUUGAAACCCAAGCUGCAGCCAAAAACUUGGAUAAUGUAAUAAAUAAUCUUGCCAAGAACUUUGCAGAGGGUACUGAAUAUUUCAAGAUGUUGGUGGAUGUUUUUGCACCUGAGUUUCGUAAUCCAAAAAACAUGCAUUUGAGGAAUUUUUUUGUCAUCUUGCCACCAUUAACCAUCAAUUUUGUAGAACAUUCUAUCAGUUGUAAAGAGAAAAUGAACAGAAAAAACAAAGUUGGAGCAGCUUUUACUGAUGAUGGGUUUGCGAUGGGUGUGGCCUACAUACUCAAACUGCUGGAUCAGUAUUAUGAAUUUGAUUCUCUACAUUGGUUUCAAUCUGUUCGAGUCAAACUCACCAAAGACAAGAAUGAAGUAUUAAAACAGUCAGGCAACAGGAAUGAUGAAAAACUUCAACAAACUACAUCACUAACUGUCAAAAGACUAGAGCAGUACCUUCAGGAAUAUGAGUUAUUAUUCUAUUCAUUGAGCAGUGCCAGAAUCUUUUUUAGGGCAGAUUUGACAGCCGAAGAAGAGAAACAGGACAAUGGAACAAAAGAUGGACUGUCUGCUCAACAAACUACAGGGGUGGUAACUCCAUCAACUCAGCCUCCUGAUGAAAUAUCUUCAACUACAGGACCUCCCCCUCCAGCUGGAGGACCACCCCCUCCUCCUCCACCACCACCACCUCCGCCACCUCCACCAAUGUAGUGAAAUAAGAGGUAGUAGAUAUACUUUGAAUGAAUCUGCAACUGUCGUUACUUUAUAUAUAUGAGACAUUCUGUGGUAAAAACCUUUGUUCAGUUUAAGAUGAUAGAACAAUUUUGUUUGUAACUUAUUUUAUUUAAGCAGUUAAUAAAUGUAACUUUUAAAUACAUCUUAUUGGCUUGGCCAGAUUUUGAAGACAAGUAGUGAAAUUAAAUCUGAACUAACUAAACCAUAUGAUCAUAAGGCUGGUUACAGUGUCUUGUUUUUCUUACAAGAUGUUCAGAAACUAAAAUACUGUAUUGAAUGGAUUGUGCAUUUUCAAAUAUAUUAUUAUUAAUAAGAUAAAAAUAUGAUGUUAAAAGCAUCAAUAUAAUUAUCAAUACUAAUAAUUUCGCUGUCUAUCUAUCUAUCUAUCUAUCUAUCUAUCUAUCUAUCUAUCUAUCUAUCUAUCUAUCUAUCUAUCUAUCUAUCUAUCUAUAUGUGUAUCUAUCUGACAAGAACGCUAUAGAGAAAACACAAGCAAAUUAAAAACUUUCACCGUAAAACGGAAACGAAACAUGACGUCACAUUGGAGCAUAUAGUAGAAAUUAGUCUACAGCCGGAGAGUGCACACACUUAUAUGACGUCAUUGAUUAUCGAGUAACCAUUGAAUUAAAAAGCCAAUUUUGUCUAAUCUUAAAAGUGGUUUGCGUGAAGAGUUUCUUUCAUACAAUUCUUUGGGUAGGAGCGAAGCCCAUCCCCCGCGUAAUAACGUCUAAGCCGACCCCCCCCCCCCCCAAACUCAAAAGAAAUGUCGUCAUCGAUACUCUAUAAUAAAAUUACAGCCUAAUUAAUGUGUCUAAUCUAAAAAGUAGUUUGCGUGCAGAGUUUCUUUCAUGCAAUUCUUCGGGUAGUGGCUAAGCGCGACACCAGUGUUUCUUUCAGACUCUUUCCUCCCCGGGGGGAGGAACUUUUUCUAAUCUAAAGAAAGUGUUUAGCCCCUACCAGGUUCUUCCUUUAGUUUGUGUGAUCUACUAAUGCGACCAGUGUUUCUUUCAGACUUUUUCCUCCCCGGAGAGGGGUGGGGGUACUUGAAAUUUUCGGGGGCGGGGGUAGAAUUUUCGGGAAAGGGGCGGACACUGGAAAAAGUAUAUAAUUAUAUUUCGUUGAAUGGGACGGUAGACAUGUUUUAAGGUGUGUGUGUGUGGGGGGGGGGGGGGUUGGUUUUAGUUUAGAGAAAAUAGACAGCACUAUCAACCUAGCGCCCGUUGUAUCCUUCCUCAACGGGCCAUUUUUCUCGUAUAACAAAUGUUAAUGAUGCUGACAAUUUAAAUUAAAUUUUAUUUGGAAGUUUUAUAACUGUGUUAAGAAAUAUUUAUGGUUCAUCCUUAAUGUUUUUAUUAUUUCUCUUGUUAUUGUUAUUUUGUUACUGAAAAUUAUUUGAAAAUGUAUGUAAACAUAUAAUAUAUGGCAUAAUUCUAUUAAAAACUUGAGAUGUCCAAUUAAAGAAAAAAUAAAACGUGUUCACACUUUGCUUUACC